CUGGAUUCCGGAAGCCUGGAAUCACAGGGUGUAAAACAGGGGACUUUGGCCAAAGGGAAUUGCUGUGUCUUGUGAGUGACUGAUGCUUCUGAAACAGCACUGGACUGAAUAGCACAGACGGGAAUGCACAGAAGACCUCUCCACUCUGGUAAGGAUAUUAAUGAAUAUAUCUCUGGAUAACGAACGGUUAACUGUUCUUUAUGCUGGUCCCAUGUGGCUCAGUUGGUAGAGCAUGGAGCUUGCAACACCAGGGUUUUGGCUUCGAUUCACACAGGGGACCAGUAUGAAAAUGUAUGCAUUCACUACCGUAAACGCUCUGGAUAAAACGUCUGUAAAUGAGAAAGUAAAAAGAUUCUUCAAGUUUAUCUGUUUGGUUCUGUAGAUUUAAGAACUCAGUUUAGUCACAGACGUCUUGUAGCGUAUGUCGAGUAUGUGUUUAGGGUUGCUAAGUAUACAAAACGUCGGGAUUUCAUAGCAAAAGGGCUUGUAAUGUGAAGACGUACCGGGGGUAUAAAAAUAUACCCGUGCCCUUUAGUAUGUGGUUUAGGGUGUUCCAGGGUAAAGGUUUUUCCGUGGUAAACAGGGUUCCCCGUGGUAAAAAGGUGUAUCCCGUGGGAAACAGGUGUUCCUUGGAAAAAGGGCCAGUGGUCAACAGGGUGUCAUUGGUCCCAAAACAUGUUCCGGGAAAAGGUGUUCCAGUGGUAAAAGGGGUUCCAGUGGGAAAAGGGGUUUCCGUAAAAAGGGGUUUAAACGGUGUUCAGUGGUAAACAGGGGGUUGGGGGCCAUGGGAAAAAAAGGGGGGGGGGUGGGGGAGGGGCAUUUUUUAAACAGGUGUUUUCCGGGUAACAGGUUUCAGUGGUCAAAAACAGGUUGUUAAAAGGGGGGGCCCGUGUCCAAAAAUGUUCCAGGGUGGGGUUAAACGGGGGGUUCCCUGGUAAAACCCCGGGGGGGUUCCCGUGGUCAACAGGUGUAGUCAGUGGUAAACAGGUGUUCCAGUGGUAAACAGGUGUUCCAGUGGUAAACAGGUGUUCCAGUGGUAAACAGGUGUUCCAGUGGUAAACAGGUGUUCCAGUGGUCAACAGGUGUUCCAGUGGUAAACAGGUGUAGUCAGUGGUAAACAGGUGUUCCAGUGGUAAACAGGUGUUCCAGUGGUAAACAGGUGUUCCAGUGGUCAACAGGUGUAGUCAGUGGUAAACAGGUGUUCCAGUGGUAAACAGGUGUUCCAGUGGUAAACAGGUGUUCCAGUGGUAAACAGGUGUUCCAGUGGUAAACAGGUGUUCCAGUGGUAAACAGGUGUUCCAGUGGUAAACAGGUGUUCCAGUGGUAAACAGGUGUUCCAGUGGUAAACAGGUGUUCCAGUGGUAAACAGGUGUAGUCAGUGGUAAACAGGUGUUCCAGUGGUAAACAGGGUGUUCCAGUGGUAAACAGGUGUUCCAGUGGUAAACAGGUGUUCCGGUGGUAAACGGGUGUUCCAGUGGUAAACAGGUGUUCCAGUGGUAAACAGGUGUUCAGUGGUAAACAGGUGUUUCCAGUGGUAAACAGUGUUCCAGUGGUAAACAGGUGUUCCAGUGGUAAACAGGUGUUCCAGUGGUAAACAGGUGUUCCAGUGGUAAACAGGUGUUCCAGUGGUAAACAGGUGUCCAGUGGUAAACAGGUGUUCCAGUGGUAAACAGGUGUUCCAGUGGUAAACAGGUGUUCCAGUGGUAAACAGGUGUUCCAGUGGUAAACAGGUGUUCCAGUGGUAAACAGGUGUUCCAGUGGUCAACAGGUGUUCCAGUGGUAAACAGGUGUUCCAGUGGUCAACAGGUGUAGUCAGUGGUAAACAGGUGUUCCAGUGGUAAACAGGUGUUCCAGUGGUAAACAGGUGUUCCAGUGGUAAACAGGUGUUCCAGUGGUAAACAGGUGUUCCAGUGGUAAACAGGUGUAGUCAGUGGUAAACAGGUGUUUCCAGUGGUAAACGGGUGUUCCAGUGGUAAACAGGUUGUUCCAGUGGUAAACAGGUGUUCCAGUGGUAAACAGGUGUUCCAGUGGUAAACAGGUGUUCCAGUGGUAAACAGGUGUUCCAGUGGUAAACAGGUGUAGUCAGUGGUAAACAGGUGUUCCAGUGGUAAACAGGUGUUCCAGUGGUAAACAGGUGUUCCAGUGGUAAACAGGUGUUCCAGUGGUAAACAGGUGUUCCAGUGGUAAACAGGUGUUCCAGUGGUAAACAGGUGUUCCAGUGGUAAACAGGUGUAGUCAGUGGUAAACAGGUGUAGUCAGUGGUGAACAAUUGUAGUCAGUGGUGGUAGCCUGUAACUGUUCUGUCAAAGCACUGAGGCCCAUUAAACAUUAACAGGAUCAUAUGACAGACAGUGUGUGACAAGCUGUGGAACCAUCCCCCUCGUGUAACAGUAACGUCUCCCUCUACUUUUAGUGGCACUGUGGACCUACUGUCAGCUUUAAUAUAUUUCUGGUAAAAAAAACUCUCUCCAAAUACACUUUCAUUUUAGUAAUCUAACCCGAGGAGGAGCCAAUCACUUUCCUUGUGUGUUUCUUUGUUAUAAUGUAACUCAGAGAUAUUCAUAUUAAUGUGUUUACGCCAGUGGAAACAGUCAAAUAAAGAACUACGUCUUUGAUGCCACCUGACUUUACUGCCAGUCCAAUCGGAUGCUGAGGUUGCCUGAGGUAUCGCCAUGGAGAUGAUGAACACCCUGAGGAGGAGCCAAUCACUGAAGAGCCUGUCUGGAUCUGGGGUUUUGGAGAGGUCAUGGGUCACAUCAAAGUCCUCUCUCUGGGACAACAAGAAGUCUGUCUCUCAGCUUGUACAACAGUAAGUUUAAAGGCUACUCAGUGUCUGCUAGCUCACCAUAAACAACAACACACCCUCACACUGACAGAUCUAAUAACAUAGUUCAUAUGUUAUAUUAGAUUUUGUUCAUAUGUUAUAUUAGAUCAUACAGUACCAGUCAAAAGUUUGGACAACACCUACUCAUUCAAGGGUUUUUCUUUAUUUUUUUACUAUUUUCUACAUUGUAGAAUAAUAGUGAAGACAUCAAAACUAUGAAAUAACACCUAUGGAAUCAUGUAGUAACCAAAAAAGUGUUAAACAAAUUUUAUGUUUGAGAGUCUUCAAAGUAGCCACCCUUUGGCUUGAUGACAGCUUUGCACACUCUUGGCAUUCUCUCAACCAGCUUCACCUGGAAUGCUUUUCCAACAUUCUUGAAAGAGUUCCCACAUAUGCUGAGCACUUGUUGGCUUCUUUUCCUUCACUCUGCGAUCCAACUCAUCCCAAACCAUCUCAAUUGGGUUGAGGUCAUCCUACUCCAUCACACCUCCUCCUCCAUGCUUCACGGUGGGAACUACACAUGCAGAGAUCUUCCGUUCACCUACUCUGCGUCUCACAAAGACACAGCAGUUGGAACCAAAAAUCUCACAUUUGGACUCAUCAGACCAAAGGACAGAUUUCCACUGGUCUAAUGUCCAUUGCUCGUGUUUCUUGGCCCAAACAAUUCUCUUCUUCUUAUUGGUGUCCUUUAGUAGUGGUUUCUUUGCAGCAAUUCGACCAUGAAGGCCUGAUUCAUGCAGUCUCCUCUGAACAGUUGAUCUUGAGAUGUGUCUGUUACUUGAAAUCUAUGAAACAUUUAUUUGGGCAGCAAUUUCUGAGUCUGGUAACUCUAAUGAACUUAUCCUCUGUAGCAGAGGUAACUCUGGGUUUUCCAUUCCUGUGGCGGUCCUCAUAAGAGCCAGUUUCAUCAUAGGUCUUGAUGGUUUUUGCGACUGCAGUUGAAGAAACUUUCAAAGUUCUUGAAAUUUUCCGUAUUGACUGACCUUCAUGUCUUAAAGUAAUGAUGAACUGUAAUUUCUCUUUGCUUAUUUGAGCGGUUCUUGCCAUAAUAUGUAGGUGAACGGAUGAUCUCUGCAUGUGUAGUUCCCACCGUGAAGCAUGGAGUUGGAGGUGUCAUGGUGUAGGAUGACCUCAACCCAAUUGAGAUGGUUUGGGAUGAGUUGGAUCGCAGAGUGAAGGAAAAGCAGCCAACAAGUGCUCAGCAUAUGUGGGAACUCCUUCAAGAAUGUUGGAAAAGCAUUCCAGGUGAAGCUGGUUGAGAGAAUGCCAAGAGUGUGCAAAGCUGUCAUCAAGCCAAAGGGUGGCUACUUUGAAGACUCUCAAAUAUAAAAUUUGUUUAACACUUAUUUGGUUACUACAUGAUUCCAUAGGUGUUAUUUAAUAGUUUUGAUGUCUUCACAAUUAUUCUACAAUGUAGAAAAUAAUAAAAAAUUAAGAAAAACCCUUGAAUGAAUAGGUGUGUCCAAACUUUUGACUGGUACUGUAGGUGCAUGUGUAAUAAAAUAUACUUUUAACCAAGUUGAUGGAACAGAGAUGGCUUGAUGAUCUAUGCUUGCCUGAGCCCUGAAGACCUGUGUUAGCACUAACCCAAGCUUUAGCUCAGUGAGCUAACAUGGUCGUGAGUCAUGGAUUCAAUAUUUCAAUGGUGUUUGCAGCCAGAACACUUGACCUGAGUAGGAAAAACUCAUGACCCUAAAUAUAGCCUAGGCUUUAAUAACCCCCUUUCUUUAUUGACAGGUACCAGAGCUGUGUGGAACUAAGCACCUCUGAAUCCAAUCAAGACAAGCGGAAGGUUUGUAAUGUGUGUUGAGAUUUUCAAAGGAACUCUAGAAAGGAGCUUUUAAUAGUUGCUUAAAUAAAAUGAUAUGUUUUUAAUGUUGAGCGAUGGGUUGCGCCUUUUCCUUUUCAAUAAAUUAACUUUAGAUAAAGUUUUCUUGAAUUUGAUUACUUACUGAUCAAUAAUAUAUCCACCUCUCUCCCAGGUCUCCCUGUCCCUGUUCUGUUCCUCCAGAGAAGAGAUGUCAGUAGGCCUAGUUUCCCCUUGGAGGAGGUUAGAGAGCCGGGGGGACCAUGUGGACCGUUUGGGUACUGGCUCUGGUUCUCUCCUGCUGUCCCGGAGUCGCUCCAUGGACUAUCUUCCCCAGCGGGACCGGGCUCCGGAAGGGACCAGCGCACUGCGAGCCCUGUUCGAGUCCAAGGCCACCCUGCAGAAGGACUUCUCCAGCUCCCCCAGGCUGAAUGUAGCCUCUCCAGCCAGCAGGGUGGAGGUGGUGGAGGCAGGGAUUCAGUCUAGUGAGAAGGAAAAAGAGCGCCCUCUGGGGGCGAGGAGGGGUUACAGCACUGAAGGGACUCCUGGGAGGAAGGACAACGCUCAGGUGUGUGUGUGUGUUUAUUUAUUUAUGCGAUUAGUGUAAAUUCAACCAUUGUUUCAUAAAGCUACUCUCUCUCUCUUGAAAAAGUUUCUCUGCAUAAAGUAAAUUCCCCUUUUCUUAAUCUCAAUGUUAAUGUUUUUGUUUUUUCCCCAGCGUGCUGUUCAGAGCGAUAGGAGGAAGACCAUAAGUGGUGUCCCAGGGUCCUACGUCAGGGGUUCCAGAGAUACACCACAGGGUGAGUAGUAGGACCAAAUCACACACACACACACACACACACACACACACACACACACACACACACACACACACACACACACACACACACACACACACACACACACACACAACACACACACACACACACACCACACACACACACACACACACACACACACACACACACACACACACACACACACACACACACACACACACACACACACACACACACACACACACAACUACAGUCAGUGUGCAAUAUACUGGAAAUGACAGGGGGGUGAGAUGGAAAUACGCUAAUGCAUCACUACGGUCACUGGGUUAUUAUAACUGUCAGCAUGACAUGGCACAACGGAGGGGCAACCCCGCCAACAUUAGGUCAUCGCCUUCCCUGGGGGAACUGUUCACUGCCUAGGUGUCCUGUGACUAUAAAAACAGCUUGGAAUCAAACCCUUGUCCCCCCCCCUGAUGAUUCCCGCUAUACAUGCAACACUGACGUCAAUAUUGGUGUUUGUGUAGGUUAACAAUCAAGACGUCCCUUCCUGUAUGAUUGUUUUCUGGCAUACUCUACAGUAAUACCAAAAUAUAGGUAUAUCUCAUAAAGAGUGAAUGAUACUGACAGAAUAUCCAUUUGUCUAGGGUGGAGGGCAUCCAAAGUCACACACACACACACACACACACACACACACACACACACACACACACACACACACACACACACACACACACACACACACACACACACACACCAGUCAUCUAGUGAGUGAAGCAGUCUUAAGUUGCCACCGAGUCAGAAUGCCAGGGCCACAGCAUGGCGGCCAUGUUAUAAAUAUCUCUCUGUAAUCCCGACACGUCACAGCCUCAGCAUGCCUCCAGAAAGCAGAAACCCAUUAGGUAAACAGCAGCCCCAUGGUUCCUGGACCAACACCAGGGUUCAAACACUAUUUGUAAUCUUUCAAAGACUUUGAGAGGUUUGCUUUAACCUGCCUGGAGUGCCAGAUAGGCGGGGUUUGCAGUUCUGGGACUAUUCUAUUGGUUGAUUAAGCCAGGCAAACUCAAUCAAGAACAGAUAAGGUAUUUGAAAGGAUUUCAAAUAGUGUUUGAACCCAGGUGUGACUGGCCCUGGGAGCUCUAUGAAGCUAUAUACAGAGUAGGAUGUAGAUUUGUAGACACAUAACUAUGCAGCUCCGCACACAUGCUCAAAACAGGGAGUGUCGCAGUGCUUGCUGGUAUAACCGUGACGCAGCCGGUACAGCCGCGAACCUCCGUAGAGGUGACAUAUUUCCAGGAUAUCGUCUAUGACUCUGUGACCUGGUGAUGUGUCUGGGAUCACCUUGUGACAGAGAAUCUGUCAGGAAUGUGAUUUACAUUUACAUUUUAGUCGUUUAGCAGACGCUCUUAUCCAGAGCGACUUACAGUUAGCGAGUGGAUGCAUUUUUUUUUUUUAUGUUUCAUACUGGCCCCCCGUGGGAAUCGAACCCACAACCCUGGCAUUGGAAAUGCCAUGCUCUACCAACUGAGCUACAUCCCUGUGAUUGACAGAAAGAUCCUCAGAGAUCCUAAGAUCCUAAAAGUUUUAACUUUGAGUUUCGCUGGUAGUGACAAAAACGGCUGUGAGGGAGACACAAGAAAACAAAGUAGAUGUGGGUCCCAAGUGAUCUUGGGCAACAUAUCAUCACCCCCCAAAAAUGUCAGGAGAAUGUCAGGACACCAAUACUUAGAAAAUACUUUCUCUGAUAAAGAUAUCUCCAUUCCUCAAGCAUAUGAAUCACCUCAGAGUCUCUACUCUUCAUAAUCUCCUCUUUUAGUUUUUAUUAGCAAAUACAGCAUUAAAGCACCUGAGAGCUAAUCAUAUUUCAGUCUACAUUAUCAAUGUGCCACUUGACCAAAAUAGCAGUUGCACAGCAGUUGACUGUUUUGUUUUUGUAUCGUCUUGCCAAGCGCCCACUGAGCACCUGAUAACAUCACUAGGACUGCAUAUCCCUCUCCAUGCAGUACCCAGCAUAGGGGGUGAUUAUGGGUGUAGCUAUGGCAAUGGGAGGGGGGGGGGGGGGGGUGAUGAUAUCGCUAUGGCAAUGGGAGGAGGGGUGAGGAUGAGGGGUGACAGUGUGAGGAGGGGGUGCCCUAGUCCAGUCUCUCAGUGACUAACAGAGAGGAUUGACUCAGUCCUAAAUUAUAGUGACUGCCCAACCCACUGCCCCCCAACACACCGCCACCCACCCUCCCAAAAUAGACCCAACGUUCCCAGCGGGGGGGGGGCAGCAGUCCUGAUAAAAAUCAGCUGUCACUACUAGCCACAGGACUAGAGACUAAAGAGAGGCACAGUGACACGACAGGCAGACAGAGAGCCACACACAGAGAGAGAGAGAGAGAGAGAGGGGAACAGCUAUAGACACAGUCUAAAGGGGCUAACACUACCAGAGAAACACAGACCAUCCUACAGCCAUCACAGGAACUGUCUCAGCCGACAACCAGCGGUUUGAUCUGUAUUCAGAGAGACAACCACAGCAGGAGAAUAACAACUACACUGGCUGUACUGUUUGUAAGUAUUAUGGAUUCAGUUACAGAAGGUGUUUAUUCUAAAUGAAUGGGUGCUGUAGAUUUUAUUGUUUUGUUCCGGUCGACGAGGAGGCUUUGUAGCAUCAUGUCAAUAAGACAAAAGAUGCCAGUGAGUAAAAUUAGGAUGGGGAUAUGUGGAUAUGGGGACAUGGGGACAUGGGGACAUGGGGUGAUGGGAUAUGUGGAUAUGUGGAUAUGUGGAUAUGUGGAUAUGGGGAUAUGUGGAUAUGGGGAUAUGGGGAUAUGGGGAUAUGGGGAUAUGGGGAUAUGUGGAUAUGGGGAUAUGGGGAUAUGGGGAUAUGUGGAUAUGGGGAUACGGGGAUAUGUGGAUAUGGGGAUAUGUGCACACGGGAUAUGUGGAUAUGCGGAUAUGUGGAUAUGGGGAUAUGGGGAUAUGUGGAUAUGGGGAUAUGGGGAUAUGUGGAUAUGGGGAUAUGGGGAUUUUCGGCAAAGGAAAUAACUAAUCAGUAAUGCUUUGAGUUUAGCCUGAAGUGCUUUGCUGUCAUCAACACUGUACAACACAAAAAUAUAAAUAAUUUAGCCUAACAUACAUUGCCUGUCCAUUUAAUGUUGUCUGCUUCAAAGUUAAGUCUGCAGAGUUUAGUAUAAUUAAUUAAUCAAAAUCUCUUUCAUAUAAUAGCAAAUAUUAAUACGAAAAAGGAAAAGUCUACAUGACAACUUAAUCUUAACUGAUGGGUCAUAGUCACCUCUAAUGGAUCAAAUCCUGCCCCCAGACCUCCCUGUCUUUGUCACACACUAAUAUCUUAUGUGUGUGUGUGUGUGUGUGUGUGUGCGUGCGUGCGUGUGCGUGUAUGCACACACUUAGGAGUCAAAUUAAGAAGGCUAUAUGCAGCCAGCCAGCCACCCACCCAAGGUCAUGGAACCAAGUGUCUUAGAGUUUUUCCCAUGGGCCAUCUUUGCAAUUUCUUAAGUGAGUGGCUAUCGUCUCUCAGACCCUAAUCCUUAGAUAAGACAAGAAUGGAGGGUCAGAGGUCAUGGUUGACCAAUCACCGACCUCCUCUCUGGAAACCUAAACGCAUCAUGAUAGAGUUGAUGUGGAAUCAGCACAGUGAGAACGAUAGUAAUAGCAUCACAAUGUAUUUUAUUUCAUUUCUUUUUCUUGUUUUUAAUUUGGAUGACGGUUGGUAUCGAUUCCAUUUAUAAAUCUGCCAAUUCAGGAGAUGUAUCGAAAUCCCAAUUCAAGAUUUCAGGAAAUGUUCUAUUUUUAAGGUCUUUUGGAAUUUUCCUAGACAACCAUUUUGUAAACCGGUAGUAGUUUUAUGACCUGUCUGUGAAUCUGUGGGCUACAAUCGAAAGCAGCUGAGCUGGUUGGUUGGGGACAAAUACCUACUGCGUUUAUGCAUGAUUUGGACAGCUGUCAGUAGUGCAAAAGCCCCACAUUGCUGAUCUGCUAAUAGCUUCUCUCUCCAUUCCUGUGGAGAUUGAGGAGAGGAUAGCCAGACUGGAAGAGGGGUAGCCAGGCCCCUAAAAGGUGUCUGACUGUGGAAAUAACUCAAAGCCAGCUAGCUAGCGAACAUGUUAAAGAAUGCUGAUAUGCAGCUACUUCAGUUGAGAUUCAUAGAAUUGUCCAUAGUUGGAUUUUUCAUGUUUCCUCCUCUGUGCAGCGGCAAAAGUCAGCUAUGCUCUGUCAGAAGGGAAAUCAGCAGGAAGCACUCGUUGAUUACAUUAAUAGUUGUCACUAGUUACCACAGCCACAGAAUAAAAAUAGGUUAUAUCGUAGAAAUUCAUGAAAACAAAAAUGUAAGGUUAGGGUUAGGCAUAAGGUUAGCAGUGUGGUUAAGGUUAGGGUGAAGGUUAGGUUUAAAAUCAUAUUUUAAGAAGAACAUUUUCAGAAAUAGGUGGGGUUUAUGACUCUGUGGCUGUGGUAACUAGUGAUGACUGAAAUACUAAGCGCUACCAAGAAAACACUAUUGUUUUCCCCCCAAAUUACCUCUCAUCUUAUCAACUUAACUUAUUAACACCUGAUCAAUAAACAUCAAAAACACGUUAAUUAUUACCAUAUUCCCGGGAAGUGUUCAAAUUUAAAGUGUGAGUUAUCAAUUAGCGUGGGUCAAAGGACCUAACCAACAAUGACCAACACCUCAUCAAUAGCUGAUCAAUAAGCAUCAAUAACACAUGCGUUAUUAUCGUGUUCCCAGUAAGUGUUCAACUUGACCCUGGCACUUCUCUGGGGUUAUAACCUCAUCCACAGCCUCGCGUGACGUUAUGCUGUCUCAUUCUAUCUGCUCACCCAGCUAUGGAAAAUGCUUUAAGUCCCGACUCGUGAGUGGCGCCAGUUAGCUGGCCCAAUCCUUUUGUCCGGCAAGAGCUUACUGCGUGAAUAAAACGGACAGAGGUAUGUUCGAAUCUGGCCUUUAGUUAGAGAUGAUGGGUUUUAUCCAGCGGGUCACAGGGACUACUGCUGACCCCCUGUCAAAGCACGCCUGCAGGGGAGGCUUAGCUUCUGUUGUUUGGACUGACAGAACAGCGUGAAAAUGCUCGGAGGCUAUAGGGCCUGGUCUACACUCACUAGGGCUGGUGGUAUUCAGUGGUUGGGGCUGCUAUUGUUUCAACGCUUAUUUCGAACUUGGGGAUGAUGUUUUUUGUAGUUGACGCUACUGUAGAUGUUUGCCUCAAUAUAUUUUCUAUGUGCCUGUAGUGAAUAGGGGCAUCUUGUGGCACACAAAGCCAACCAAAACACAGACGAAGGCUAUAAAACACCACUCAACACAUUUUGUGUUUCAAAUAGGAAAACUAGGAUGUUCAGAUAGAAUUGCAAGCAUUCUAACGUUCUAGUGUUCGUGCCACAGUCCCCACGGUGACAGCCAGAGAGAUUCAAUUCAGGCAUUCUUCUGACCUGUUGUGUUUUUGGUCAGGUAUGGAUGGCUGGGAUGGAGGUGAGUCACACCAACAAUGUUGCUCAAAACAAUCAGGGGUCACUCCAGCUGAGCUAGCAGUUGUCGUUUUUGUUUCUUCCUCCAGGUCGUGAUGGUCAGGCCAUGGAAUGGUGUUUGUUGAGGGUCUAAGGCAACUGGUGGCAGGCUGUAGCUACAGUGUGUGAGGCAGGGCGUUUGGUUUGUCAUCCAGAAGGACCAGAGCAUCCAUUAAUCUUUAGUUUUUGCUACUGUGUAGAUCCUUUCUCUAGAGCUGGUUAGGACUUAGGUCUACCCAUUCAUUAAACAUAAAUGACUAAUAUAAUAUGUUAAAGGCAUGUUUUUUUAAGUGUAUAUUUUCCAUUAUUUUAGCAACAAUAUGUAUUUUUUUUUUCUGUAACAACUGAUGAUGCAAUAACACUUGAUAAUGCAUUUAUUACAUUGUUGCAAGUUACAUUAUUUUUUUGUUUUGUUCUAAGGUCAAUUAUUUUGCAGAGUCGGUCCUGAUUGGCACAUAAAGGCCCAUGUCUGAGAGGGAAUAGUUUCCACAGUGUAACAAUAGUGAACAGAUAGGGUAGCCACACAUACCAACACCACCCAGCUAUAUAUACACACACUCCAUUAUCAGCCAACGUGGCAUAGCCAACGACAGAGGCACAGCUUAUUAAAGCUGUGCGGUGCAUAGCAGACCAUGGGGCACAGGAAUACCACUGUCCUUAUCACUGUGAAUGUGGGUCACUGCACCUUUUAAACACUGACUGUUACCAUACUGUGUGUAAAUCAACAAAAAGUGUCUGCUAUGAUAUUAAAUGUCCAAUGCAGCCGUUAAUUUUUUUUUUUAUCAAUAUCAAAUCCUUUUCUGGGUAACAAUUAAGUACCUUACUGUGAUUGUUUUCAAUAAAAAAAUUGUCAAAAAGAAACAAAAAUAGCUUCUUAGCAAAGAGCCAAUUUCUCUAGCAAGAAUUUUGCUAGGACUAUCUGGGAGUGGUCUGAGCGGGGAGGGGGAAAACUGAAAACGAGCUGUUCAUUGGCAGAGAGGUUUGGAACUCUCUUUCUUAUGGGUCUAAAUCUCCAUCCUACCAAAACAGGCUGAAAUUUCAGGCGGUCUUUACAAACCGCUCUUACACUAAUAGGGAAUUAUAAUAAUUUUCACCAUUUCACAUUAUUAUUCCUAACCUCAUAGUGUCUAAACAUCUAUAAAACACAGGACAAUCACGUUUUUGACAGCACUGGACCUUUUAAACAACCAUACAUUUCAUACCUUUCAAUCAUGUGCUAAUUUUCCAGUCAUGUGUCUUUUAAUAAUUCAAAUGGUGUUAUACUACAGAGAGAAAAACACUGGUCUGUUACCAGAGCUGUAGCUAUAGUAUAGACUAGGAUACAAACUGAGACCCAGAUUACAUAUCCUAUUGACAACAUUAUCAGAAGCAUUCAUGAAAUCAAUUCCUAAUCAAUCAAUCUAUCUGUGUCUGUGUUGUAGAUGACAGGAGGCGUCUCCAGUUGAGUUACAGAGACACCCCGUCAAGACAAGGUCGAGACAGAGAGAGGACCUCCAGCUCAGUGAGAGACAGAUCAGCUCUCUACCUGUCAAGAGUAACAGCUGCCGAAUCCCCAGGAAGCUCCGCACACACAGUGAGUGCCUGGCAUUCCUCCCAUUCCUCCACACACCACAAAGACGGACACACAUACACGAAAUUACUUACACACACACACACACACACACACACACACACACACACACACACACACACACACACACACACACACACACACACACACACACACACACACACACAGGGAUCAAUUGCCCAGGCAGACCAUCAUUCUCAGGAUUCAACAUGAGUUGCAUUACUUUUCAAGCAUACAUUUGAACGAACGAUUAUCUGAAUUAUAAAUUGCUUUGUUUUCAUUCAACAGAAAUCCAGCAGUUCCUCAGGAAAGAAGACUACAGCCAGCAAGGUAUAAUAUGUCAAUCUAACACAAUGUGUGAGUGCUGUGAAAUUAAUAUAAAAAAAAAAAAAAACAUCCAACUCAGAGCUGAUGGGCAAUGGGUUUUGCAUAACAAUGGUGAUGAUGGUGGUCACAUUAACCAUAAUUAUUAUUACCAGAACUCGGUCAAAUACAUACGGUAAAUACUUUAAAAUACGUAAUCUACCCACAUUUUUAACACGGAAGUUAUCCUACUUUGUAUAAAUGUAUAAUAUUGAUAUGAAAAGCAAAACACAAGGCAAUAACAGAAACUGAAAGAAAUACCUUGCGUCAAACACUACUCAGUGACUUUAAGACAUAAGCAUUAGCGCUGCUCUACUAACUGGUGUGAAGUUCGGCUAACCUUAGCUUGAGUGAAGAUGGUUUGCUGUGAAAGACAUCGAACAAGCACAGAGAAAGGUAAAGUAUGGCUUCAAUUGCUACAUGCAUGGCUACCUAACAUUUUCUUAUACCUAACUAAUACUACUCUCUAACUGACUGAAUACUGACAAUAACACAAAGACCCUCCCCUUUUCUCUCUUUUCCAAGAUGGCCGACGUAGCCCCAAAAAACAGAGUUUCAGAGGCAUGUCACGAGGAAGACGACCUCCCUCUGCCUCCACCUCCCCCUAUUCCACCCAGACCUCAGAACUACGAAGAGUCCCCAGCCGCAGGCGGCCCCAACCAAGCCUCCAUUCCUGUGCCCCCACCGAAGGAAACCUUCUCGACGUUCUAUCAGCAGCGACAGAAGAACGAGCUGAAGAGACUCUUCAAACACAUUCACCCAGACCUGAGGGAAAACAUCAAUGACGUAGUCGAUGAUGAGCUGGUUGCAGCGAUGCAAUCCGGAGGCGCCCAGACUGCGGCGGAUGCGGGGUACCAGGGAGAGGUCCAGUCCAUGAGGUGGAUCUUUGAGAACUGGACCCUGGACAACAUUGGGGACCACCCCCACAUGACCAAGAAGCUUCUGGAAGAUGAGACUCUUCAAGGCGGUGAUGUUAGAGGAACAUCCUCCAUGUUCGAGCACUGCAUGGUGGACGGAACCCAACAGAUUGUCCAAAGGCAGAGUUCAGUCCAAGGGGAUGUCAGGACAUCGACUUGGCUGUUCGAGACCCAGCCCAUGGAUACACUCAACAAACUCAAGCCAGAGGAGGGCGAGCUGGUCGAGGCUGUUCUCAAGGAACCGAUCCAGAUUGGAGACGUGAGUGGAGCUCGGCUGCUUUUCGAAUCCAAGCCACUGGAUGCCUUAGGCCGCUGUAGCUCUGUAGAGGACCAGAGCUUCCUCAAGCUGAAGUCAGAGCUCCAGGAGCAGAAAGGAGAUGUGAGGAAGACAGUGAAGCUCUUCCAGGCCGAUCCUUGCUGUGCACUCAGAGACGCAAGCGGCAACAUCCACAAGAUCAAGUCCAUCUGCAGGGAGGAGAUCCGUAGCAGCAACAUUAGCACGGCACGCUGGCUCUUCGAAACUAAGCCUCUGGACAUCAUCAACAAGGGGACAUCCGGGAUGCAGAUAAUCCGGGGGAUAUCGCUGGAGGAAGGGCAGAAAGGAGGGGUGGACAGAAAGAGGUGGAUGUUUGAGACUCAGCCGUUCAACACCAUCCGGGAGGAGGGCAUAGAAGACCGGUUUCAGGGGACAGUGGUCGAAGUUGUGCCUGACGCUGAUGUUGGGAACAAACUAAAGAUGUUUGAGACCCAGCCCUUGGCAGCACUGAAAGGAGACUCAACAGAAGUAGCUCUGGAGAAGGAGGAGAUACUUGGAGGAGAUGUCAAAUCCUCCCUCUGGCUGUUUGAAACUCAACCCAUGGAGACAUUGAAGGAACACUAUGAAGUUGGGCAUUUGAAGAAAGUGAUCCUUUCUACUGAUGAACAAGGAGAAGUCAAAGGCAAAAAGCACAUGUUCGAGAACUACGACAUUAGAAAAGAGACCUCAGUCGGAGCAGAAAUCAUAAGUAAAGAUCAUGAGAUUGAGAAGGGUGACGUUAAAUCAUACAAGCAUCUCUUCGAAACAAUUCCCCUCUGCAAUAUCACCCAAUCUGAGGAGGAAGUGCUGAACGGAAAGACUGAAAAUGACAUCACUGCAGGAGAUGUGAAAGGAAACAGAGCGCUCUUCGAGACAACACCCUUAUAUGCGAUCAAAGACUGCUCAGGGAAUUUCCACGAGGUCACAACUGUCAACAGAGAGGAGUCCAUCAAAGGAAGUGUCCAAAAUUACAAGUGGAUGUUUGAGACCAAGCCCAUUGACCAGUUUGAGGAGGGAAAGAAGAACGUUGAGGUUAUCAAAGGAAUCACCAGGCAGGAGGAUAGGUCAGGAGACGUCAAGAUGGCCAAGUGGCUCUUUGAGACACAGACCAUAGAUGGCAUCCAUUCCAAGUUCAACCAGUCAGAGCAGCAGCAGAAUUCAACAGAGCAACAGAAGGAGACUAGGAAAGGUGAUGUCAAGACCUGCAAGUGGCUGUUCGAGACUCAGCCUAUGGACAUUCUGUACGACAAAUCAGAAAAGAUCCCAGAUAAAGAAGAAGAGAUUGAGAAUACCAACGUGAAGUCUGUCACUUGGCUUUUCGAAUCACAGGCUCUGGAUAGCAUUAAAGACAGUGAGGAGCAUAGUUUGAAAUUAUGCAGUACCAUUCAGGAUGGUGUCAAGGCUGAGGUUGGUGUGAAAACAGUGAAGCACCUUUUCGAGACAGAGACUUUAGAUAGGAUAAGGAAGGACACAGACACAGAGCAAGAUGUUAGAUAUGUCAGCGAGUUGCAUGUCCAGUCUGGUGAUGUCUCUAGGGUCAAGGAGAUCUUCGAGUCCAAGUCCUUAGAUGAAAUAGGUUCAGAGUCUAUAAAGGUGUGUGAUGAAGACGAAAGCAUUCAGAAAGGAUCCGUGCGUAAAUGCACCUGGCUUUUUGAGAACCGUCCCAUCAACGCGAUACACGACAAGGAGAAAAAUGGCAUUCAUUGUGUCAACGACAUGGAGGGUGGUGACGUCCAUAACAAGAAGUUCAUAUUCGAAACGUUCUCUCUGGACAAGAUCCAUGAUAAAGAUCAGCUUCUGGAACACAAGUCGGAAUCCGUGGAAAAGCCAGUGAGCAACGUCGAUGUCAAGUCCAGCACCAUGCUAUUUGAGUCCCAGCCACUGUACGCCAUUAGAGACAAGGAAGGCCAGUUCCACGAGGUUACCACAGUCCAGAAGGAGGAAGUGAUGAGUGGCGAUGUGAGAGGAGCUCGGUGGAUGUUCGAGACGAAGCCCCUCGAUGCCAUCAAGGCGGAAAAGGAGAUCUACGUGAUCCGAGCUGUCACCCAGGAAGAUGUAAAGAAGGGUGAUGUCAAGUCAGCCAGGUGGAAGUUCGAGACCCAGCCUCUGGACUCCCUAACAGCUAAGGAGGAAGAUGAGGAACCCACAGUCAAGGUUGUGGAAGACUUUGGGAACCGAAAUGUGAAGCUCAACAAACAGCUCUUCGAGUCCGAACAGUCAGCCAGUAAGAAGUAUGUGAGGAUGGUUAGUGUGACAGAUGUUCAGCAAGGAGAUGUCAGGACAUCCACCUGGCUCUUUGAGAACCAGCCCAUUGACAGGCUGAAGGGAGAACCAGAGGAGCAGGGCCCUGUCCAGACGGUCCACAGAGAAGACAACCAGAAAGGAGAGGUGAAACGCUGCACGUGGCUGUUCGAAUCCCAGACGCUGGACAAGAUCAAGGAUGCUGAAUCCAAUACGAAUGCAGCACAGGUUGUUGAGGAAGAGAUCCCAAAAGCAGAUGUGAAGAGCACAACCUGGCUGUUCGAGACCACACCCUUAGACAAAAUUGUCACAGUUGAAAGUGUGAUUGACACGCUGUCUCGUCUACAUCAGCUUGAAUUCAUCCACUCAAGUGGAAUCCUAAUAGAGGCAAAUGAGAUCACAAACGUCAACAUGGUGAAAUACCAGUUUAUUAAAACCGAGGGAGCACAGAUUCAGAAGGAGGAGAUAGUUGAAGGGAACAUCAGAAACAUCAUGCUACAGUUAUUGUCCAGAUCAACCCUGAAGCCCCAGAUCACUCUUCUGAAAGAGGUAGAACAGGGUAAAGUUCACACAACAGUAUUAGAAGUCCCAGUCAAUCAGCCAGCAUCAACUAACCAAGACGAAGAUCAAAGUAUACAGAAACUCGCUCGGAUCAUCGAAAGCUUGCUUGUUCAAGAUAAGCUGAUGAAGAAGGGGAUCAUCAUGCAGGAAUCUGAGGGAGGACAUGCAGAGAUGACCGUUUACUCCCUUCUCUGUCAAACCAAAAUGGAGAGUCAAGACAUUACAAGGGGAGAUGUGAAGUCAACUAUAGGCAACCUUUUAGCUACUGCUAACAAUCAGAGGACAACCGCUUCAUGUAGACUAGAUGAAAAUGAAAAGGGGAACGUCAACUUAUACAGGAGUUGCAUUGAGAAAGGAGAUCUCCAAAAACUGAAGAGUCUUCAAAUAGAGCAAUCAGAAUUGGAUGAACUUGACCUCAUGACAAAGGAACAGAUUGAGAUUGUGCAAGGAGAUGUGAAGGAGGCGAAGAAGAAUCUUCAGAAACAGAAAGAUCAAGUGGAACGUACCAUUUCAGAUGUCUUACCGGGGGAUGUGAAGAACGCCAAAAGAGUCUUUUCAACGGAGGGCUCCAUUGACCUUAGUGUUGAAAACUGCAUUUCUAAAGAAGAGAUCAUCCGUGGGGAUAUCUCCUCAGCUAAGCAGCAACUUGCUUUAAAACACACUCUCUCAGUGGAAAAGGAGGAGAUUGUGGCCGGUGACAUCAAAGCUACUCUGCAGUCUUUAGAACGUGCAAAGCAGCAGAGUAUGCACGUGGAGCGCGAAGUCAUAACCCCGGGAACUAUCUAUGACAUGGAUCUAGCAACACAGGGGCUGGAAUCAGAGGGAAACCAGACACAGAAAGAGGAAAUAGUAUCGGGAGAUGUGAAGGCAGCGAAGCAGUCCCUUGAGCUGGCAAAGAACCAGAGUCUGUGUGUGGAGCGUGACAUCAUCGUCCCAGGCAAAAUAUACAAUGUCAACAUCUCAUCUCAAGAACAGAGCUCCACGACAGUGAGGCAGUCUGCGUCUUCGUCAACCUCCAGAAGCCAGCGGAUCACGACGACUUUCCGAAAGGUCAGUGACGCAGAAAGAGAUCAGGAGACAAUUGAGGCUUGCCAACAGGGCUACGUAUCAAGGAGUUCAGAUGUAAUACAUGUUAGCGCAGCGGAUUCACCGCCAGCAGUCUCCGGCAGCAUACAAGCACAAACCCACCCUUAUGUAAACUCAGAGUAUGGUGAUAUUGAGAGGAUAGGGACAGAAGAGGCAGAAGCAGAAGUGGUGAGAGGAGAUGUAAAAGCUGCUAUUAGGUCUCUGCACAGUGCUGCGACGGAGCAGAGACCACCAGUAGACAAAGAGGAAAUUGUAAGAGGUAACAUGCAGAUGGCGCUGCAAUAUCUUGAAAAGUCUAGUGUAAAUGUGUCCAAAGGAGACUAUAAAGCUGCCAUGAUAUACAGGAACUCAGGUAAAGCUUGUGCAGGGAGCAGUAAGAAAAGGGAUGCAGCGACUGUGAAAAAUCAGGUUGUUACAGUAUCUAUGCCUCCAUCUGACACUGAAUUGUCUCCUUCGGUUUCAGUAACUCUUGGCGAACCGCCAGCCAUCGCAGCACAGACUUCGGCAACUGUCACUCUUACAAAUCUUGAUGAAAACCCUCAAACGCCCUCCACAGAAGCCCUAAGGCCACCUCCACUGCCUCCCAAAGCAAAUGAAAAAACACAAUACCAGAAGCCGGCUCUACCACCGAAACCACAACGCUUAAAACAAACACCCGGCGAUGCAACAGAGAAUACCCCUCCUCCAAAAACACCUAGCCCGAUCAAAGGUAACCAGCAGAGCCCAGUCAUUCCCCCAAAAAUGAAAACAGGGAACCCAUCUCCCCCUCCUCUGCCUCAGAAACCUUCAUCAAAUAGACAACAAACCACAAAGGAUUCACAACCCAAACUGGCCUCCAAUGAAACAGGCAAUAGGACAUUUAUUAAUAAAGCAAAGCAAUACUUACCUCAGGCCAGUGCUACCAAUAACAUCCCAGCUGAGGACAAAAAGUCAGUUCAGCUAAAGCAAAAGAGGGAACAGAAAAACAUUGGAACAACAUUGGAAACUCAAACAAUAGCAGUUGACCAUAGUUUGGCCAUGUCAAACGGCACUGAAAAGGAGAUCGACAGAAACGUAAUACAGAAAAUCAAUGCAGCAAAAGAGAUCCGAAUGUGCAUGCAGAGCUACACAGAAGAUGGUAAUGCACAACAGGAAAUAAACAUGGGCUUUCAGGUCGCAAUCCAAAACUUCGGGGGGAAGGAGAAGAAUGUUGUGGACACAGCCCCUGUGCUGCCAAAUAAGAUCAAAGUGAUUAGGGAAAAGGUCAGCCAGGAAAAACAGAUCACAAAAAUCACCACCACGCAACAGGAGAGAAACCCCCCCACUGUGCAGCAGGGGAGAAACCCCCCCACUGUGCAGCAGGGGAGAACAGAUAUUCACAAUCAGGGCUGCAAUACAGAUCUCCAAGAACCCUACUCCCCAACCGCAACAGAUAGACUUCCAAUUAUCCAACCUAACAGUGACAAGCUGCCAGGAGGAGCAUCCAUAACAGUGACAAGCUGCCGGGAGGAGAAACACCAGAAACUGGAGGACAAAGUAGUUCUGAGGAAGAAGAAAGGAAAUGUAGAGACAGAGGACCAGCGACGUCAGAGGCUGUCUGUUCACAAAGAUGACAUCAUGAGAGGGAACGUGAAGGCAGCGAUGGAGAUAUUCGAGAAUCUGAGGAAACGAGAGGAACUCAAGACAAUCCUGUCUCAGGUUCAAGAGAUAGAGGGAGAGACCAGGGAAGUGGAUGUCAGUUCAUUAAAGAGCUUAUUCGAGAAUGUACCUGCUUGGAUAGUCACGCCUUGUAAACAUACACAGCAAAGUCACACAAAAGUGGAAAAGAAAGUUGAAAUAGAGUCAGUGAGCAAUGAUAUGGAAAGUGGAUCUUCGGUAGAGACUGUGUUUGGAGACCUAGAAAAGGCAAGCAAAGAGAUAAUGCAUUUGAAAGAGCAGACGUUAGCAAAACUUAUUGACAUAGAGGAGGCGAUCAGAAAGGCUUUGUAUUCUGUAUCCAAUUUAAAAUCUGAGGCUGAUAUCGCAGGUUUAUCAGGACUCUUUAACGAAUCCUUGCAGACCGAGCAAAGCUAUCAACCCACCAACAACAUAAGAAAAAUCAGUAUCGCAUCCAGCAAGGCCGCUAAGGCCAAAACAGAACAAGCUAAGGAGACAUCUGAGGUGAAAACAAAAGGUGUAUCAGGAUCGUCAAAAAGAUCAGAGCCAGCAUCACUCUCUCCGGUACUUGACAAGUCCCAAAUCAAACAAUGCUCCACCUCCCCGUCCUCGCCAUCAUUCAUCUCCAUUCACUCGGCUGCCAGGAAGCCUGCAGAACAGCCAAAGUCACCACAGCCACAGUUCUCAUCAUUCAAGCCGAAUCCAGAGGGGUGUCCUUCCCCAAGCUCCCGUGGAGCCAAUGGUGACCUGGGUCAACGAUCUGCCUCUGAUUCCCCAAACCACUUCUACAGUCCUGCUAGUCCAAGACGAAAGGUCAGCGUACUGGAGGUGCAAACUGUUCCCGAGUCUGUUCCUGGCGGAAUCAUCGGCACAAAGACUGUCAGUGAGAAAUACGAGGAGAUGGACUGCUUCGGCAACACAUUUGUCUCGUCAAAGACUUCGACGUUUGUCACGAAGCAGUCUGAGAAGUUUGGAGUAGUCGCCACUCCAACUAGGUAUGAAGUCGUGACAUCCCCUCUCAUGCAAAGGUCCGGUCAUCCCUUUUCAGAAAAUGCUCAGUCCAACGCCAAAGAGGGUGGUACAGUUUUUGUAACAUUUGGUCAACCAAAAGCUGGAAAACGU